AUGUCGAAGCCAUUUGACCCAGAGCAGGCGGAGAACCUGGAGGAUAUGGAGAAACAGUUUGCCGUCAAAGCCGUCGAGCAUCUCAUGACAUACUGGUCCAUCCUCGAAAAAGUGCCCGGCUCCAAACUACGGUUAACAAAGAUGGAUGACGAAAUUUACGAGCAUUUCAAGCGAGAAUUUCCAGACUUCGACCCCAGCGCGACCAUCAACGAGGACGAAAUGAAGAGCAAGGCCGGCAAAGAGAAGUGGCGCAAGUUUAUGAAUGAAUACGAGAAGACAAUCAACGAUUUCAAUUUCGGCACCAUGUUGCGAUCCAAUGCCAAGUUUGAGUAUGAUCAAGAAACCACAAUAUUUGCCAUGCGAAUGCAGUUUUAUGCCGUUGAGAUUGCUAGGAACCGCGCUGGACUGAACGACUGGAUAUAUGAAAAGGCACAAGGCAAACAAUGA